AUGUCGUACAAGCUUUUUGCGUUUUGCGGUUUUUUCGGUCUAGUGAUACUUUCGCCGAUUAAGUUUUCGGUCUAUUAUUCGAAAAACGACAUGGUCAAAAAUCUUGACGACGAUCCAGUGGAUCUCCCGAUCGAAAUUCCUGAAUCAUUUGGUGUUCUGGUGUCAUACGUGAUAUUCACCUGGGUAUUUUCGUUGGCAACAUUUUAUUUUACAUUUUAUAACUACCGAGAGUUCUCGGAAGUUCGCCAUCGAUAUUAUUGCAAGUGGAAGAAUUCAAUUACCACAAGGACCGUGAUGGUGACCGUCAUUCCAAAGGAGCUGCAAACGGAUCAGGCGCUCAAGGAAUUUUACGAAUCACUGGAGUUAGGUCCGGUCAAGGAGGCAGUUGUAUAUAGAAAUGUCAGGAAGUUGAGGCAUGCGCUUGAAAAGAGGGCUUAUUACUUGAGAAAACUUGAAAGAUCUUACGCAGAAUAUUUGGGUAAUCCUUGCACCUACCCAAAUUACGAUCCCAACGAGGCACUCGCAGAAUUCGACCAAGAUAGAACCAUCGAUCUUUCUAAAUUUGUGAACAAGCAUCGUCAAAAAACAAGAACCGGUUUCCUCGGCAUAUUUGGGAAAGAGGUCGACAAAAUAGAUUAUUACACCAACCUCUUCGAUCGAUUCGAUAAGCUGGUGGAAAAAGGCAGACAUGGCACGUACAAUCCAACAUCAGUCGGAUUUGUGACCUUUGAAAGUAUAACCAGUGCGCAGCACAAGUCCUUAUACGCCCUGAACCAUAUCAUUGUCGUACCACGCUUGCACCCGAGCCCCGUGAUGUGUAGGUUAAAAGUAACUUUCAAAAAGCAAAUAACGUCGGGUGAUACAAAUGAUAAGAACUUCUCUACCUUGUCACUCUCUUUUAGUUAUUGGCGCAACCUUACCAUUCGUCAACGUGAAAUGCUUCUCCGCAGCAUAAUCGUCAAUGUUGCGGUCGUAAUUAUGGUAAUUUUCUGGUCCGUGAUAACCACGCUUCUUAGUUCCAUGCUGAGUUUGGACGCUUUGAAAGAAAUAUUACCAUGGUUGGCGCGUCUAGCGAAUAAAAAUAAAGUAUUAAAAGGAUUCAUUCAGGGAACAGUCCCGACUCUUUUGGUGCUGUUGUUCGAUGCCAUGGUGCCGAAGGCCAUGUCAUGUCGGUAUCUAUUGUAA